ACGUCAACGAGCAGAAGCGAGCAAAUUGCAAAAAAUCACUGGCGCCGGGUAAAAUUGUUGUGUCCGACCGCAUUAACAAUAAAUACAAUAAAUAAAUGAAAUAUUUCCAUAAGUUUGCGAGCAACGAAUAAGCACACAGCAAAGUAAAUAAAUAAAUAAUCGAAUAAAAGACAGCGAUGUAUAUGGUGAAAUAGUAGCACACAACAACAACAACAAGAAAAACACAAAGUUUUCGCAUAAAUCAAUAAUAGAUGAGUGCGACGCAAAUUUGUAUGCCAAACGCGCAGCAAUAAAACAACAAAUCCGUAGCAGAAACAAUAGAUAAAAUGCCUGCGACGCUUUCUUAUUAGAAACCACUGGGUCUUCAAUAAAAGCAAAAACAACCAGCCAUAAAAUGUCUCCACUAAGAUUAGUCUACUGUUUGGUGCUUUUCGCCGGUGUUCGAGCGAGUACCCCUGAGCGUCCAUUCGCCUGCAUGAGUUAUAUGGAGGAUGAGAAGUUCAUAAAUGACGACGAUGACUUUGACGAGUAUUCAGCAAAUGGCGCGCAGACGCAAUAUAGUGCAGAGAAUUUAAAUUCAUUGGACGUAGAAGACACACCAAUUGAACCGGCAGCGCCGCAUAGACGCGUCUGCCAGGCUGAUUAUACUUUCUGCUUCGCGCUGUGGCGGCAAUAUCCGAAUGGCACACGUAUCGAGAAACAAGGUUGUUGGAAGGAGAGCACCGAACGCAAUGCCACUUGCAGUCAGUCGGAGUGCACGAGCUCAGCGCCCACAUCACGCAACAAUUCGCUCUACUACUGCUGCUGCUCGGGUGAUUCUUGUAAUAAGCAUGUGGCCGUGGUGGAGCCAGCGCCGCUGCAGCUCUCCAAACCCAUUUACGGUGCUGAUAAAAAUGUUUCCAUGCACUUCGGCGAUGCUGGCGUAGGCGUUAUUCUGACAGUGAUUGUUGUAUUGAUUCUUUGCUUGUCGGUUAGCGGUUUUGCGGCUUACUGUUAUGUGCACAAAAUAAAAGAUAAACCCAUGCCCGAGGAAGCACCGCUGGCACCUUCCGGUCCUGGUUAUAGUUCGAACCUGCGUAAUGUGGAUAAUAUUAACUUGAUAUGUAUGCUCGGUAACGGUAAAUAUGGUACCGUUAUGAAGGGUUUACUCCAUGAUCAAGAGGUGGCUGUGAAGAUAUUCCCUGAAAGUCAUUAUCCAUAUUACAUUAAUGAACGGAACAUUUACUCGUUGCCUAUGAUGGAGCCCUCGUUGCUAACUUAUUUUGGUUAUGAUGAGCGUCAUACAAUGGACGGCAAAAUCGAAUAUCAGUUGGUGCUGUCACUAGCACCACUCGGCUGCUUGCAGGAUUGGCUAAUAGCCAACACUAUGAAUUUCGAGACCUUCUGUGGCAUGGCGAAGUCCAUCACACGCGGUCUCUCACAUCUACAUACGGAGAUAAGUCGCGGUGACGAGUAUAAGCCAUGCGUCGCACAUCGGGACUUCAACUCGCGCAAUGUGCUCGUCAAAGCCGAUCGUACAUGCUGCAUAGCCGAUUUCGGUUUCGCGCUUAAAGUGUUCGGCUCCAAGUAUGAGUAUCGCGGCGAAGUGGCUGUCGCCGAAACGAAAAGCAUUAAUGAAGUCGGCACUUUGCGUUACAUGGCACCCGAACUUUUAGAGGGCGCUGUCAAUCUACGUGACUGUGAGACAUCGCUCAAGCAGAUGGACGUGUAUGCGUUGGGGCUGGUGCUCUGGGAAGUUGCGACACGUUGUACAGACUUUUAUGCGCCGGCACAAAUGACGCCAGCUUAUAAGGCGCCCUACGAACAAGAGGUCGGCACACAUCCCACCUUCGAUCAGAUGCAGGCAUUGGUGGUGCGGCACAAAGCCAGACCACUCUUUCCACCCGGUUGGGGUGGUGGCGCUGCGGCUAAGCUAAUUAAAGACACAUGUGAGGAUUGUUGGGAUCAUGACGCUGAGGCACGUUUAACUUCGCUAUGCGCUGAGGAGCGUAUGCAAGAAGCAGCUGGUUUGCGGCCACGCUACUCACACGCACAAUCGCCAAGUCCAUUAUUGAGCGCCAACAAUUUACUCGCCUGCGAUCAUGUAGACUCGUCAGCGGUGCGUAUAUCGAUGGAGACGUGUCAUUCGGAGACGGCGACAAUGCUGCAGCCGCCACCAAAUCAAAAAUUGUUGCCGCGUGCACACAGUAUGGGCAGUGAGUUGGGUGGCUUGCCACCGCAGACAGAGAAAAAUCAUCUCAUACACACGCAACAACAACUGCAACCAUAUCAGGGGCGUAAUCCAUGUCAGGAGCGUAACUUGGCGCCGGUCGCAACGCGUCCACCACAAAUACUGGUUGAGAAGAGUAAGAAGCACAGCUUCCAGACGGGUCAAGAGAAUAGUUUCUCAUGCCUCGAAGACGAUGUUUCAGUGGAGGAUUUGAUCUCUGGCGGCAACACGAAGAAGAUUAGCAAUUUUAUGACUGACAAUACUUCCAGCAUGGGUGAAGGCUUCCCCAAACAGCACAACACCGAUCGCAAGCUGCGCGGCUGGCAUGGCGUGCGUGCGCUAAUACAAAAGAAACUCUUUCGUAAGAGUGAUGUCGGCGCCGACGUAUAUCAGCAACAAUUCGGUUAUGGCGAUGAAAAGUCCAACUUGGUGGACAACCGUUAUGCGGCGGUAAUUAAGGGGCUCGACAACACCGGCACCGAGAGACUGGCCAAAGCAGCCACCGUUAGUUACAUUGACGACCGACAGCGCUGCAAUAAUGGCGUCGCUACAACAAAAACCACAAUGCUCAGCGAUAUCUAUCCGCAUACGAGACGACCCAACAACCUGGACUUGAGCCCGCUCAACGGCGCCGCAGUUCCGGUAGCGGAGUGCAGCACGCCGCUUAACAGCGCCACCUACAACAAAUCCAACUUAAUACAGAGCAUAGCGGAGGAGUGUCACGAUAUCGUGCCUAAAGUGCGCCUACAGCAAUUGGACACACGCACAAGUACGCCCUGUCACGUGGUGCCGCGUUCCCUCUCCACCAGUCUGAUAAAAAAUAUGAAUCGUAAUAAUAAUAACCUCACUAAAAGUGAACUAAACUCAGUGAAUGUGGCAAAGUGUCCGAAGGAGCCGACACCGCCAACGGCUGCCAGCUCGGCUGGUCAUCUCAGUGCGCCCAAUCACGCCGACAUACUGUUUCGGCGGCAGCGCAGCCUUGAGAUGUUCCGCGAAGUGUUCAGUGGGCGUGGCAGCACAGAGCGACUGCGCGACCCUAGUCAACGUGUGAAAACACCGGGCGAUGUACCGCCUUCAGUGCGUAAAGUGCGCGCCUCCAAGACGCUCAGUCUCUACGACGAUCGCAUGAUGGACUCGUCCACGCUGAAUAUACUCUAGCAUGAGGAAGUUCUGCUGUUGGAAUUGUAAGCUGCGCGUAAUUCUGUGUUGAGCUUACAAUGGCGGCAGACAGAACAGUAGUGCUAUAAAUGAAAGUACACGAGGUGCUUCGUUGAAAAUACUCGCGUGUUUAGUGGGGCUCAGAGCGGAGAGCGAAAGCGCACGCGCUGAGAUUGCAAUACAAAAUUUCAACUCUAUUUUACAUAGAUGUUUAUGUAACUAUAUGACCCAGCUGUAUUGUAUGUAUUUACAAGGAAAACUCUACACAUAUACAUAUGUAGAUUUGUAUGUGUUUGUAAGUGUAAGUGAAAUAACCAAAGUCCUUAUAGUGUAAUUUUUGAAUGUGUUUUUGUACGAGAUUUAUGUAACGCAUUUGCGCGUUGUGUCUGUAAGCUAGUCUUAAGCGUGUAUACUAUACAAGUUAAUGUACAUACAUACAUAUAUGUAUAUAUAUGUGCUAAGUAGGUAUAAGUUGUGUGUGCAUUAUAAGGAGAAGAAACCGUGGAAAGGAUCGCAGAUCAACAUUGUCAGCCAUUGAUUGUUGUUGCAGACAGAAUGUAGUAAGGAAAAAACUGUAUUUUGUAAAACACUUAUUGGUAGUAUCGUAAGUCAACCACUGUACAUCUCUAGGGAAUUUUCAUAGCUCUUAUGGCAGACACAAACUACAUUAGGGUGGUUCUUAAAGACGGGAAAGACACAAUUUCUUAGAAACAAACUUCGAAACAUAACAACUAAUAUAAAAUUAUUACGAAUGAAGAUGACAAAAAAACUUUUCGAACCUGUUAGGGUGUGUAUGCGCUGAAAAAUAUUUUUUUUUUUUACUUUGUAGACGCCUAAGUCGUUUCUAAACUAGUAUUUCAAAACUUCAUAAAGACAUUUUUAGUUCGAUUGUUGUUGGUUUUUGGGCGUGUAUAAGGAAAAAAAAAUUAAUUUUUAAGAGCCACCCUAAUUCUACAUAUACAUUGGCAUUAACAAGUAAAUGACAAAGAAAGUAUGGAUAUUUUGCAUUUUUCCUUUUAAUCAAAAACUGAGCUUAUAGCCUUAUGUUUGUAUGUUAAGGUGGUUCUGAAAGUCCGGAAACUAAAU